AAAUAGAGAGAUAGUCACUGGCAACAAACCCAAGAUCUAAGAAGUUAGAAAUAUUUUUCAAAUCCAUUUCUUCUUAGGUCUUGUUGGUAAUGGCACUAACUCCUAAGAAAAAGAAAAAUGUUCAACCAUUAUUACCAUUAGAAUCAUCUGAUCCACCUCCUCCUCCUAUUACUACUAGUUCUUCACCACCUGCUGAUAAGGGUAAGCGCACAAAGUGUCCUGGAGUUCGUAAAGUUGGGCGCAAAAUCUAUGAUUCUGAGAAUGGAACUACUUGCCAUCAGUGCCGGCAAAAAACCAUGGAGCUAGUAGCUGCAUGCAAGAACGAUAGCAAACCUUGUACGAGCGCCCAAAAAAAAAUGAACCUUGCAAUUUAAAAUUCUGUCACAAGUGCCUCACAAAUAGGUAUGGAGAAAAAGCAGAAGAGGUGAAAUUACUGGAUGGAUGGAAAAAGAGAGGAGACGAACCUACUGGUAUCUUAAUUCAUAGAGCCAAAGCAACGGGAUAUGAAUCCGUAUCACAACUGCUGACUCUCAGAGGCCCUGAGUGUCUGGUUUCCUUAAAGAGAAAACAUUCUUCUUCUAUCAAGAAGGUAUUUGGGAAGGAAAAUUCUCAAGAUGGAAAUGCUAUUCCAGAUUUGAAUGAGAAGCCAUUAGAAUCAGAAAGUGAUGAGAAUACAAUUCAGAGAAGCAAUUGUAAAAUACCCGGCGAUACUGACCAGAAUAUUAAUUUUGGAGGUGCUAUUGUAAGUUCUCCAGAGAGAAACAAUAGUGAGAGCAUGCAUGAGGACGAUAUUAGCCCUGAAACAAAGAAGUCUAAGAAAUCCCGAGUAUCGAAGGGUGAUGACGGGAAGACGGGUGAAACAAAUGCUGAUGAAUUGAAUGAUUCAGUAAUCAACCCUGCAGAAUUUGAUACUCCAUUACCUCAAGGUGUUGAGCUAAUAACUAUAGCUGGCAUUGCCCUACCCUCUGAAGAUGCUGGACAUGCUCUUCAAUUCCUAGAAUUCUGCAAUGCUUUUGAACAGGUUCUAGAUUUGAAGAAAGGACAGACUGAAUCUAUUCUUCAAGAACUACUAACAAAUGGGUGUAGUAGUAAGAGCCCCGGACAGUGCUCUUUGGUCAUUCAGAUGCAUAUCCAAUUGCUGUCUUUGAUACAAAAGGACACGGGAGAAGAAUCUACGCGUCCUUCAAGUGUAGAUAAUUCGUGGCUGCAAGCUUUGGACAAAUGUGUUGCUGAGUCCAGCUAUGCUUUGAAGGAAUUUCCUUUGACAAAUUGCUUUCAAAAGGAUGUGGAUGUAUAUAACAGGCUAGAACUCUCGCAAAAGUUGAGACUUUUGAACUUCUUAUGUGAUGAGACCCUCGGAACCACAACCAUGCGAAGAUGGAUUGACGGUGAAAAGGAUAGAUGUUCUGAAAGAGUGAGGAAGGCCAAAGAAAAGGUUGAUGUUGCAAAACAAAAGGAAGACAAACUGAUUCUGAAGAUGCGUGAGGAGGUUGCAAACUCUGUUAUUGCCUCUGAAAGUGGUGAUUCUGUAUCUAUUUCUGAGCAUGAGGAACGUAUUUCAAAGAUUCAAGCUGAAGCAGCAAAUGCUCAUGCGGAGAAACUAGAAGCAAAGCACAUGGUGCCUAAGAAAAACCAAAGAUCACAUGCGUAUAGAACGGAACCUAUUCUUUCGGAAGGAAAUGGCCAUACAUUUUGGAGUCUCAAAGGCCAUUCAUCUGGAUCGUCAAUCAUGCUUCAAGAUGUUGGAAGCUGGGAUUCUGAUACACCUGGAGAUAAGUGGUUCUCGUAUGAUUGUGAGCAGCAAACAGCAGUUGAGGAUUACAUCUCUUCCAUAAGAAAGAGAAGACUUAGGCUGAAACAUGAAGAUGCCAACAGGGAUAAGUAACAUAACGCAAAAUCUUUAGAAUAAGCAACCUUCGUAAUUAUUCUGGAGUAAGGCAUGUUUGAGGUACUCAUCUUACUAUAUUGCAUGUCUAUUGACAAUCUAUAAUUACUUACAUUUUCUUUUUCAAAUUUUUUUUUCAUUAUGUAGAUUUUUUAAGGUUUACAGGUAAAAAUUUAGAUUAACUACACGUCCUAUAUUCUUCGAGAUUAUCCAUCUCAAAAUUAACGUACGAGUGGAUUGUUUGUUCUUCCAAUCAAUACAAACUAAUGAUUUUCUUGAGAAAUGUGGGCAUGCAAGAAUUAUGUUGUUAUAAUUGCUUAUUUCGUUAGAAAACUUUCUACCUCUUUGCGAUGAAGUUAAUAUUGCAAUUUACUUGUUUUCCUUUUAGACUGUAUUUGCUUAUUACGUGUAACUAGAGUUUCUCCCAGGUGAAAUUCAUUCAGUUCAAGGAUGCUCAAGAACUGCAGAAACUAAAGAUGUUACCCUGUCCUUUUCCAUCUUAAUACCGAUCGAUUUUAUUAUUAUAACUGAGAUACUAACUGUUUUGUUCCUUCACAGAUUAGACAAGGAAAGGAAGGGAAAGAAAUCUCUGUAGGUCUUUGCUGGAGAUUUCAUAAACAUUGUUAUACAUGUAUACAAUAUAAUGUAUGUAAGCUGUUCAAAUAGGAGUACAGGAGAGAUGGUUCGUGAUCUUACAAAUGUUACAUACAUACUGUUACUAGGCAAAUAGAUUUUAAUUUCCUUUAGACAUACUGUUACUAGGCAAUUUGAUUUUAAUUUCCUUUAGACAUGUUCAGAGAUGUUGAUUCAGUUUUAUUCCUCUGCAAA